AGACUUGUGAGCGUCCAUCUUGCUUCUGUCCCUGACAGUUUCUUCUGUCGGGGUCACUGGGGCGGGAAGCUUGCUGUGCGAACGCUACCUGACAAUGCUGUCCCGGGUGGUACUUUCUGCCGCCGCCGCAGCAGCCCCGUCUCUGAAGAACGCAGCCUUCCUCGGUCCAGGGGUAUUGCAGGCAACGAGGAUCUUUCACACAGGGCAGCCAAGUCUUGCCCCUGUACCACCUCUCCCUGAACAUGGAGGGAAAGUUCGUUUUGGGCUGAUCCCUGAGGAAUUCUUCCAGUUCCUUUAUCCUAAAACUGGUGUAACAGGACCCUAUGUGCUUGGAACUGGGCUUAUCUUAUAUUUACUCUCCAAAGAAAUAUACGUGAUAACUCCAGAGACCUUCUCUGCCAUAUCAACAAUAGGGUUCCUUGUCUAUGUAGUUAAAAAAUAUGGUGCUUCUGUUGGGGAAUUUGCUGAUAAACUCAAUGAGCAAAAAAUUGCCCAACUGGAAGAGGUGAAACAGGCGUCCAUCAAACAAAUCCAGGAUGCUAUUGAUAUGGAGAAGUCACAGCAGGCACUGGUUCAAAAGCGCCAUUACCUUUUUGAUGUUCAAAGGAAUAACAUUGCUAUGGCCUUGGAGGUUACUUACCGGGAACGGCUGCAUAGAGUAUACAGGGAGGUAAAGAAUCGCCUGGACUAUCACAUCUCUGUGCAGAAUAUGAUGCGUCAGAAGGAACAAGAGCACAUGAUAAACUGGGUGGAGAAGCAUGUGGUGCAGACCAUCUCUGCACAGCAGGAGAAGGAAACAAUCGCCAAGUGCAUCGCAGAUCUAAAGCUGCUCGCAAAGAAGGCGCAAGCUCAGCCAGUUAUGUAGACACAUCCGUCCCUAUUGAGACAGCUAGAAACAGUUGACUGACUAAAUGGAAACCAGUCAGUGUGAUAAAAUCUUUCUGUAUUGGUAUCUACUGAGGUUACAGUUUACCUUUCCUAUAAAUGAAAAGUUUUGAGUCUGAUACAGUGAGAGAAUUGAAACAAUCUAUUGGCCAGUAAGAUCUUUCUCUAAUUCAUCUUGCUGUACGUUUUGAGUUGUCUUGUGAUCACUUUUAAAUAAGCAGUUUCUUUGAAUAAAAUUUGGUACCUGGCUAAAAAUUACCAAAGUUAUAGUUUAAAUUUGUAAUUAAUUCAGCCAUCUUAACAAUAAAGUGACAGUUGAAACAAA